UUCAGGCACACGGUUUCUGCUGUCCUCCGGCCCGGCUUGGGGCUCCACGGCUCCUCGCCUCCAGAUCGAGGAAAGCCAUGCUAGGCAAGGAUUAUAUGCUGGCCAUCAUCCUGGUCAACUGCGACGAUAACCUUUGGAAUGACCAGAAUCUGGAGGCAGAUCUUGAUCUUCCCUCAGGAUGGAGGAAAAUCCAUGACUCCUCGGGGACCUACUAUUGGCAUGUGCCCACAGGCACCACCCAGUGGCAACACCCAUCUUGCACUUCUGGCUUGGUACAUGGUGGGGACACUGCUUUACCAGAAAUGGACCUUCAGGCUGCUACAGUAAGACGUGUGCCAAGGGAGAGGCCUAUCCCAAGUCCGAUGGCAUCACUGCCCAGAAGGACAUCAUUGGCCUGGCAUGGGGAAGAGCAUCAUCAAGGCCACACAGAGCCUGGCUCCAAGUGCUUCAUCGUGCGUUCAUUGGGCUGGGUGGAGAUCCCUGAGGAGGACAUGGCUCCUGGCAAAAGCAGCAUUGCUGUGAAUAAUUGCAUCCAGCAACUCUCUCAAAGCAAGAGUGACAACUGGGAUGCUGCAGACAGGUGGGGUGAGGGCCAAAACAUGGUGAUGAUUCUGAAGAAGGACACAAUGAGUUUAGUGGAUCCUUUGGACCAUAGCCUCAUCCACUGCCAGCCCAUCAUCAAUAUCCGUGUCUGGAGUGUGGGCUGCAACAAUGGCAGGGAUUUUGCUUUCGUGGCAAGCGACAAGGACACGUGUAUGCUGAAGUGCCAUGUCUUCCACUGCAAUGUGCCUGCCAAGGCCAUUGCCAAGGCCCUGCAUGAAAUGUGCUCCAAGAUCAUGGCUGAGAGAGCAGGGCCAAGUAACAGCCUCACACAAUAUGUUACUCUGGAACCUGUCACACCAGAUGAAUUCUCUCUCCAAGUUGACAUUCUGGAUGCCAUGAGAGAGUCUGUCCAGAAAUACGAAGCUUUGUUUAUUGGCAGCUUACCAGUGUCCAAAGCCAUGGGGAUGGAUGUGCUAAAUAAUGCCAUUGAAGGUCUGAUGGGCAGCCGUGGCCAUGACCAGUGGACUCCAUCUGUUAUCAGUGUUUCAGACUCAGUGAUGCAAGCAGACCAAACUGAGGCUGAGGAAGAGAAUGACACUUGCAUCUGGGAAUGCCAGGUCCGCUAUGUGACUUUUAUUGGUAUUGGGAAAGAUGCCCACACAUUUGCACUAAUCACUGACAUGGGCCAACAACGUUUCCAGUGCACAGCUUUUUGGUGUGAGCCAGAUGCCGGCACCAUCUCGGAAGCAGUACAGGCUGCAUGCAUGGUCCAGUAUCAGAAGUGCUUAGUGGCUUCUACAUCGCGAAUGAGACCAAAAAGUGGUUCACGCUCCAUCCUGAAGAUGAAAAGGACAGUGUCAAUGGACUCAUCAGUGUGCCCAUUUCCUGUCACAGGGCACUCCCUGCAGAAAAAUAGCAGUGGGGCCACUACACGCAAGAGGGGGGUAUUCUCAUUCUUUGAAGCAUUCCGCCAAAAACAUUCCCUGCUACACACUCCUUAGCCCAAAAGAUAUAUGAGAUAAGAGAUGGUGGGGCCCACAUGAUACUGAACAGUGGCCUUCCUCUGAUGUCCAGGUUCAGAAUGUAAAUAGUGUAAUGUUGUCUGUUGACUCUUUCAUUGAAACUAAGAGCCAACAGAUCCAAGCAAGUCUGGCCCCCAAGGGAGGACUGCAGCUGAUUCUGGACACGCUAUACAUAGUUUUGUUAGCCCUUUGCCAUGUAUAUGCUGUGAAAAGAAAGCAAGGUUGUUUUGGGGGAAGAGGAAAAAAUGCUGCACAUAAAUGUUUGAUAAUGUUCCUUGGCAUGUGGAGCGGCAGCAUCAAAUGCGCCACACAGGCUUAAAACCUUGUUCCUGCUGACCAGGUGGUUUACGGAACAGGGCAGAGCAGGCAUGUCAGCUUCUUAAGGCAGUAGCUCCACUUGAUUUUAUGUAGUGAAUGCUGUGAGUGCCUCCACCCUUCCUUCCCCAGCUGUAGCAUGAAUGCUUGGUAUCUGAAACCCAAGUGCAGGCCCAGUAAAAGGAAGCAAUCUUGCAACUCUAGGCAGGCCAUGGAGCAGGUACUUGUGUUCAUCUGAGGCAGCGAACAGAUGUCUGUGAGCCUCUAGAUUUAUCAGACACUCACACAGACAAACAUUUCCCUUGAAAAAGUUACAAAUAAUCUACUCUUUCUGAAUCCAUGCAUGGAGCCAUAGACGCUGUACCAUCAAUGUCACCACAUGAUUACCCCUUUAUAAUAUAACUGAGAAUGGUAGAGGCCUGCAAUAUGACUUCUGAUCAUGUUUGAGCAACAAUCCUUCCGAAACACACCAGUGACCAUAAUUAAGCCUAGGAUAAUCAAAUGGCGCACAUAGAUCCAGCGCUCACUAGCAAAAUGUCUGUUAUGUGUGUGUGUGUGCGUGCGAGUGUGUGUGUGCUUGUGUGUGUGUGGCACCAGCACUCAUGACUGUCCUAAUAACAACACCAGCGUGCCUAGUCAGGCACUUGGAUUGGGAACAACCAAUCAAUCAGACCAGACAAUCACUGUAUGGCGCAAUGCCGGCGGGCAACUCCAACAGUCACAAGUGAUUGACGCUUGUGAGAAGUAGGCAGGGGAGAAUAUAAGGCUGCCUGUGGAUUUUUAAAAAGUGUAUAAAUACUGAGAGCCUAUUGCACCAACAUCGGCAAAAGUAACUGCUGGGUCCUGUUUUAUCUGUGUCUAGAAAUGAGGAGUGAGGCUGGUGAGAAGAAAGGGGAGAGCUCCAAGUAUAUUACCUUCUUUUGUGUUUUGGGCCUCAUGUAACCCGUCAUCUUUAUCUUAUUUAUAACUAGC